UGGUAUCCUGUAUACAGUAACGUCACACCUUUGCCUUUGGUUUCUAGAGAUAAAGUUUCAAGUGAAAGAGGAAGAUGUCUAAAAUGUUACCGUGAAGUGGAUUAUGUUUCACGCCUGUCAUGAUGAAUGGAGUGACUACAAACGGGACCCCAGUCACACCCAAGAGUGAAGACAAAAGCAAGAGAAAGGGGUCAGAUCCUUUGAUCUCUACUGCCAGAGGGAAGUUACAAUCACGAAGAUCUAAACUCAAUGAUCAGAUUAAUCGUGAACUACGUAUGAGAAAUGGAGCAGAGAACCUAUUUAGGGCAACUGGCAACAAACGACUGAAGGAGUUGGUGGCUGUAGAGUUAUCUUUCUUUAAUUCUAAUAUACAGUUAUUGAAAGAAGAACUCUCAGAUCUAAACAGCAAUGUAAUCGUUUACCAGCAUGAAAACUGUACCAGUAAUGUACCUAUGAUACCAUUAGGAUUGAAAGAAACAACAGAAUGUGACAUUGAGAUACCUAUAAAGGACUUUAUAUUGGAACAUUACAGUGAAGAUGGCUCUGUUUAUCAGACUGAGAUAGAUGAACUAUUACUGUUUAGAAAGGCAAUAAGAACUCCACAGAGAAAUGAAGAAGGCGUUGAAUUGUUAACGGAGUAUGUAAAUCAGUUGUACUAUGUGGAGAAAAGAUUUUCUGAUAAGAUGACUGGCUUACAUUUUCACUGGUAUGAUUCCUUAACUGGUGUGCCAAACACACAGAAAACCAUAGGUUUUGAGAAAGGCAGUGUGCUGUUUAAUAUUGGUGCUUUAUAUACACAGAUAGGCUGUAAACAGGAUAGAACGAAGGAAUCUGGAAUAGAAUCUGCUAUAAAGAGCUUCCAGUUAGCAGCAGGAACAUUAGGGUACAUACACAACCACUUUACAAACCCUCCCAGUAUGGACAUGCAACCAGAAUCAUUGACCAUGUUAGUACAGCUCAUGAUGUGUCAAGCUCAAGAAUGUGUAUUUGAAAGAUUUGUCAUGAAAGAUCUGCAGGAUGGAAUGGUGCCUUAUAUUAAAGCUGCUCAAGAAGCCAUGAUGGUAUCUGUGUAUUAUGAAGAAACAGCAUUAUUAAUGUCCUCUGACCCAGUAAAGGACUACAUACCUUACUCAUGGAUAUCAAUGGCUCAAGUUAAACAUGAGUAUUUCAAAGCUCUAGCUCAUCACAACAUGGCUUGUGCAAUAUUAGAUCCUACCGAUGUAGAGGAUGAGUAUUCACUUCAGUAUUUCCUUUCUGCUCAUCUUAGUACAGAAGAAGAUACAAACGAGAAUAGUAAGAUGAAAAUCCCACGUAGUUCUGAAGAAAGAAUUCAAAUAGGGAAAGCUCAUUUGAAAGAAUCGUUGAACUGUUAUGAAGAAGCUUUACGUCUUCAUGAUUUAUGUAAACAACUUAGAAAGAUUGACACCUUCUUAGAUAUACUGAAAACUUCUCAUGAUGAAUGUUUAAAGAAGUUUUCUGAAUUGGAAGAAGAAGAUAACUUCAAUUUAGAUCUUGUUCUAUCACAGACCAUCGUCCCCAGGUCAGAGAGAACACUGGAAACACUUACACCAGACUUCAAAAGUGUCAAGGUUAAGGAUAUAUUUGCUAGACUGGGUCCUAUUGCAAUAUUCAAUGCCAAGAAUGAGUGGUCUGCUCCACGUACUGUGAUUCUGAAGAAGAAUCAUGAGCAAGGAUUUGGUUUUAGUGUUAGAGGAGAUUGUCCUGUCAGGAUUGCUGAGAUAGAACAAGGCAGUGUUGCUGAGGCUGGUAGAUUGAAGGUUGGUGAUUUCGUAGUGGCUGUUUGUGGCAGAGACACUAAGUGGGCUAAACAUGAGGAGGUUGUUAAUAUUGUUAGACAGUGUGGUAAUUCAUUAGAACUGAGACUGACAACACCGCUGGAAGUCCCUGAUUCCUCACGGGGGUCAUCAUCACCCUGUACCCCAAGGUCACCAAUGAACAUGAAGGGUGACAGUUUGUCUAGUCACAGUAUCAAAAGUAAUCGUAGUAGACUUAGUGCUCCAUGGAUUUUCAUGAGGAAAGGUUCAAAAGAAAAGUCAGACAGGCCUGAAAAGAGUAAAGAGUUAGAAGAUGGAGAAAUAUUUCUAAGAUAACAGUUCUGUAUACUGGUCAAUGUUGGUGGGAUAACUCACUUAUAAUUUUGAAUUAUUUUAAGCAGGUUGUAAAGUAAUGAAAUUAGUGAAAAUACUUUACUAAUGAUCUGUUGCCAAAAUGUAUUUUUCUUACUUACCAUAUUAAAGUGUUUGAUAAUAAUUGAAUAGUUUUCACUUAUUCAACUUAUUUCUAAUAACAGAUAUAGAAGAAUGAAAUUUUAUAUUUAGUCAUACACACUUUUGGAAAUUAAGAUAAAUUCAGUAAUGAUCAGAUGUUUUACUUUAAUGAUAAAUAUGCAUGUUCAAUGUUUAUAUGUAAAUGCAUUUCUAUUUUACAUUUUUUUGGAAAGAAAAAAAUAAUUGACUUUAUUUUAACUAUUUUUAUGUGUAUUUUUGAUUUAUGGUAUUGUUAAGUUUUGAUCAAGAGAAAAUAAUGGGUGGAACUGUUUACCAAAGACAGCAUUGUGUUUAUAUCUAUGUUUAGACUAGUAAUCAGAAAUCCAUUGAAUAGAUUGCACAUGGUAUGAUAUAUAGUAAUUUAUAUAUAAAAGUAAAAUGUGUAAUACAUGUAGAUGUCAAAAGUGUAUAAAUGUAGAUUUUGUAGUGUAUAAUAAAACAGUCAGGGUAAUUUCAACUUUCAUGCCAGAAAGGUUUUAAUUGGUCAUAAUGUUAUUUUUGUAAUGAUGUUUUUACCUACAACAAAAUGUUAUAUAAAUAAAUUUGUAAACGAUCUAGUUGCUUCAAUCAAAGGGCAACAUUUUGCAGAUACUUGUCUGUGCAUGAAAUUUUGAUUGUUUUUAAAUCUUCUGAUACAAAAUAAAACCACUAACAUAAUGAAGUGCCCCAUUUUUUUUUCAUUUUUUUUUUAAAUAUUUCUAAAAAAAAGCAUAAUUACACAGAGAUACAUACUGCCAGUACUGCAAUAUUGAUUUAUAAUGAACAUUUAUCUAACUGUGCAAUAACUUUACCAUUGUAUCAACAAAACCAUACACAAUUUGUCUUUUAUGAACAUUCAUUUAUUAGAAAAUCUAUAACUACUUUUAAAUUCUUUGUCAAUUUCUCAUCAGUAUGAUCUUCUGAUGUAUGACGGCUUCUUUGUGUAUAUUGAUUAAAAAUGUCGUUCUUUGAAAAUGAUUGCAAAUGGUCAAAUUUGUUUUAAAAAUUUGAAGCAGAAACUUAUAAGAGGAUUCAAUAAGAUUUCUUAUUCUCUGCAUUGGUUGAAGAAAACAAAAAAGUUGUACUGUAAUAGUGAAAAAAAACUUAUAUAGUUGAUUUUUUUUCAUAAAAGAUUAUAUACUUUUCAAUGAUUUUAGCACUGUUUAUGUCAGCUUUGUAUAUAUAUUUCUGCAAUGAUACACUUAGCACAUGAUUUUUAACAUCACUUGAAGUUGUAUAUAUUACAUUAAUUGUGUGCCAUGAAACAAUCAAAAUUCCCCUGUGUCAAAUGAACAAAAAUCACUAGUUUUUAUA